CUCUGACCGUGAGAAGUACUUUACCCGACCGAUAUUUUGAAGCCCGCAAACCUCGCAUGGCUCGAAAAAAAAAUAACAAUGUUUUUGAACAACCAAGAAGCACUUGUAUCAUAUAGAUACCCUCAAAUUAAGUGAGACUGUGAUCCUGAUUCCAACUCGUCCAUUGGCAACUGCUGCUGUGCUCUGUCUCUUUUUUUCAGUCCGGAGCUCAAUAUGGAAUCUCCAACUUCAACCAAUAUGUCUGGUUUAACAACGAAGGAGAUGUGGCAAGUCAUCAAAAGAUACUUCGGAGAAGGUCAUGUCCCCGGGUCUGCUCCCAUUCGCUACAACAUGCAUAUGUGCGAGAUGUCGCCAGCCAGGUCUCCAAACGACGAGGCCAGCAAGCGGUACGGCAUAGAGAUCAGCGAGGAUGCGAUGCCCCUGUAUUCCAUCCUCGGAGACACAUGCCCACCGCCAUGCACAUGCUUCGACAUGGCCGGCGUGGUCGAGCACAUCGACGCAUGGCUCGAGACCGCGCCUGAGACCUUCGAGGACGACUACGCCAUCACCAGUGGCAAAAACGACACCUCUAUCGACGAGGCCGGCCUGUACAUCAUGCGCGACACACUCAGCUGGUGGGUCCACUGGGGAGGCUCCCUGAGCCCCAAGGACUACUGGAAGCAGAUCUACGUGGCCUUCGCGGCCAUCCCGGACGACGUGCAGCUGAGCCCCCGCGACUUUCUGGAUGGCACCUACCGCUUCCUGGGCCAUAGCUGGGCCGACUGCCGCGAGGGCCUGCUCGGGGAAGGCCUCGCGCCCGACGAGGUCGAGUUCGUCGAGAUGUGCCUGUGGCGCCAGAUGCUCACGCAGUACUUUGAAAAGGUCAUCCCCACUCUCUACCCGCUGCUGAGGGCCAAAACGACACUGAUGACGCAGUACCGCGUCCUGACUGGCAACACGCUUGGCUGCGCGGCGCUGAUGCUCGCAGCCGAGGGGGCAGGCGGCGUGGGACGCGACGUCGGAGUGACCGACAGGGCCUUGGAGGCUGCGGCUAUCGCACAGUGCAUGAGCAUGGACAUGGCCAAGGAGGCGCUGGGCAUCCUGAAGGGCGAGAAGACUGAGACCGUGGCCGGCGACCGCGCCCAGCUCAAGAGGGAACUCCGGUGGGUUUACGUCCGCUGCAUGCAGUACCUCGAGGAGGGGCCAAACGCGCACAUCCUGCGCCGCUUUGCCUCGGCCGGUCUGCACUACGUCCCCAUGAUGGACAGGUAUCUGGAGCGGGUGCGUGGCAAUGUGCGCUUCCCGAUCACGGGGGCCAAGGCCCGCAUCCUCGAGCGCUUCAUCAACCGGUCGGCGCUUGCGCCCGGGUCGGAAUGGCUGAAUGCGGAUGGGCUUGCGAUGAGUGGUGUGCGUGUGAAUGGCACUGGGAAAAGCAAUGGCCACCAAGCUCAUCACCAGGUUGCCUCAUCUGAGACGAACGGAUUCACUCGACAGUCGAAGGUUGAAACAGUCGUGGGUUAGCUCCUGUGUUUGGUGUCGUCUAUUGAUCUUCCGUUUACCACUGCACCCUAUGAAGGUGUCGUGUAUGGCUUCGGACUUAUACGGCAUAGAAAUGAAACCAGCCAGUUAGAUACUUUGUAAUUCUUAUAGAUGAAGCCGCCUGCAUCGCCUGAGCAAAUCGACGGGUGAACUGGCUUUGAAACCAUUCUGGCCGACGGUUUAGAUACCUAGGUAUCGGAUUAAAUGUACGGGGUGCGAUCCCAACGAAGCUUCCACGACACCUAUUACAUUACCCGAUCAGGAAUUC